GGUGGGGCAAAAACUUGAAUGUUUGUGACGGGGAAAAUGCUACAGCCCCCGACCCGCCUGAAAGUGAACUAAAUUCACUGCUUCUCUUGUGUCUUCCCGCUGCCUGCUUAGUUACUGCUGUCUAAUUGAGCUUUUUUUGUAAUUUAAAGGACGAAUAUCGGAACCUCUGGGGUAAAGCUGCAGAAAAGUUUUUAUUAACAAAAAUAAUGUUGACAGGAGUCGCACUACCGACCCUCCUUGCUUUUAUUUCGGACUGCUGAACUUUCCGAUUACUUAGUGGUAUUUUACUCCUUCAUCAAACAACCGAGGUGUUGUUUGGUUGGGGGAGGUUCAACCGGGUGAGAAAAAUAGCUUUAGAUGCUCUUCUCAAAUGAUCAAUGACGCCGAAAAAUAGCUGAAUCCUCUGACAGCCUCAAGUCACUUGGUUUUUACCUGCAAACAGGUGAGGUACUUUAAUGUGUUUGUGUGCUUACCAGCUCUGAUGGUAGCAGUGAGAACACCUCACCUGUGAGAGGAUCCAAGCGCCUCAUCAUGACAGAGGUCCAGAGUCCGUGGCCACAGGGCACAGAGUGCGUGGCAAAGUACAACUUCAAAGGCACAUCAGAGCAGGACUUGCCGUUUAACAAAGGAGACGUGUUGACGAUCAUCGUGGUCACAAAAGAUCCAAAUUGGUACCAUGCUAAAAAUGCUGCAGGCCAAGAGGGAACAAUCCCAGCCAACUACGUUCAGAAAAGAGAAGGUGUGAAAUCUGGGGGCAAGCUGAGUUUAAUGCCAUGGUUUCACGGGAAGAUAACCCGAGACCAGGCCGAGCAGCUGCUUAACCCUCCUGAAACAGGCCUGUUCUUGGUGCGAGAGAGCACCAACUUCCCUGGUGACUACACUCUGUGCGUGAGCUGCGACGGGAAGGUGGAGCACUACCGCAUCAUAUACAAAAACGGCAAGCUCACUAUUGAUGAUGAGGCCUAUUUCGAGAACCUCAUGCAGCUUGUUGAGCACUACACCAAAGAUGCAGACGGCCUGUGCACCAAGCUCAUCAAGCCAAAGCUAGAGGAAGGGACUGUGGCCGCUCAGGAUGAGUUCUCCAGGAGUGGAUGGUCGAUGAACAGAAAAGACUUAAAGCUGCAUCAAGUUAUUGGAAAAGGAGAAUUUGGAGAUGUCAUGAUAGGAGACUACAGAGGGAAGAAAGUAGCUGUAAAGUGCAUAAAAAAUGAUGCUACAGCUCAGGCUUUUAUUGCAGAAGCCUCUGUCAUGACGCAACUACGGCACAAUAAUCUGGUACAGCUGCUCGGAGUGAUCGUCGAGGAGAACGGGAGUCUUUUUAUCGUUACUGAGUAUAUGGCCAAGGGCUGUUUAGUUGACUACCUGCGGUCCAGGGGCCGUACAGUACUUGGUGGAGAAGCACUCCUCAAUUUUGCUUUAGACGUCUGUGAAGCCAUGGCUUAUCUGGAGGCCAACAACUUUGUGCACCGAGAUCUAGCUGCCAGAAAUGUACUUGUGUCGGAGGACAACAUCGCCAAAGUCAGUGACUUCGGUUUGACCAAAGAGGCUUCUUCUACUCAGGAUACAGCUAAGCUGCCUGUUAAAUGGACAGCACCAGAAGCCCUCAGAGAAAAGAACUUUUCCACCAAGUCGGACGUAUGGAGCUACGGUAUCUUACUUUGGGAGAUUUACUCUUUUGGCCGAGUCCCUUAUCCAAGAAUCGCGUUAAAAGAUGUUGUGCCGCGAGUGGAGAAGGGCUACAAAAUGGACUGUCCGGAUGGCUGUCCCGAAGUCGUGUAUAACAUCAUGAAACAGUGCUGGAACCUCGAUCCCGCAGCACGACCAAGCUUUCAGAUGCUGAAGGAGUGGCUACUACAUAUUAGUCACAAAAAAUGAUCGCUUUUCUUUUCGGCUCCUCAAAGCAAAGACUGCUAUCUUUCUAAAUGUCGAAGCCAUUUUUUUUUUAUUUCACUGUAAAGUACAACUGUCCAAACAUUUGCUUCUUGUUGCCAUGCCUCUUAUCAGAUUGUUCAACUUGCAGCAACUUUCAAAGGCUGAAGGAUUUGUGGUGUCUUUCCACACUUCAUCUGGAGUUAACAAUUAACUUUCAUGACAUCAAAUCCUUCCAUAGAACAGCACUGACUGUUGCCAAUUGCCCUAACAUGCUUUCAUAUUAUGUUCUUUCAUAUUAUGUUCUCCUCAUCAUAUUGGUGCCAUCCUUUAAGUUUGUCAACUUGUCAACAGAAACAGAGAGGAAAUACACUUAUAAGUAGGAUUUUGUUUAUCAUUACUUGAUGUAUUAUUAUAAUUAUUAUUGUUAAUAUUUUUUAAGUCUCCAGGUACACAUUAUUGUUUGAAUGUUGAAGUGUUUCAUUAAAGAGCUAAACUGAAACCACAGUUAUAAGCAGCUUUAUUAGACAUUGUCUGAUAAUGUUGAACACAUAAUGCUUCUUGGCUCAUCUGUGAGUCAAAAAAAGAAGCUCUUACAAGACAUUUCUCUGCUGGUGCAAAGAGUUCAGUCCAGAAUUUUAAAUCUGACAUAAAAACUUUGGGAAAACCAAACUGUAUGGUUUUUGAAUGGUAAUAAAUGUAAUGUGCCGCCAUUUUCAACAAUAAAACAAUACUGUUUUAAAA